AUCCAGCAGAGCCAUUUGUCCUUUAUAAGAGGGCAAAUAGUGGAGGGCUGCAGGAAGCCAAGCAGAACCCUAAAGUGCUAAUGCAGAGAGGAGAGACAGAAGAGAUAAGAGGCUGAAGAGAGUUAACAUCAGCCUCCAAGUUAGCUUCCAAUUCUUGGAGAAACUCUUAGAGGGAGACUGAUAAAUCAUGAAGUUAAUUGCUAUCCUUUUCCUUUGUUCCACGCUGCUAACAAGUUUAGCCCAAGGGGACCAACAGCAAGAAUUUGUCUGCAAUGAUGAGGAUUUACUUAAGGCUGUGGAUGCAGCUCUGACGAAAUACAAUGAUGGAAGCAAAAGUGACAACCAGUUUGUAUUGUACCGCAUAACUGAAGGCAAUAAGACGGAAGACCAUGACGUAUUUUAUUCUGUCAAGUAUGAAGUGAAGGAAGGCAACUGUCCUGUUCAAAGUGGCAUACCCUGGCAGUUGUGUGACUACAAAGAACCUGAGCAAGCUGCCACAGGAGAAUGCACGGCCACCAUAAGGAAGAGGCAUCGGGAUAGGGAUUUCUCCGUGACAACCCAGACCUGCCACGUUACUCCAGCCAAGGGCCCUGUGGUGACCUCCGAGUAUGAAUGCCAUGGCUGUGUGUACCCCAUAACAACAGUCCCCCAUGACUUGGACCCUGUUCUGAGACAUGCCAUUCAACAUUUUAACAACCACACUGAUCAUUCCCACCUCUUUGCUGUGAAAGAAGUAAAAAAGGCACAGAGACAGAUGGAGUCCGGAUGGAACUAUGAAGUUACUUACUUAAUUGAGCAAACUAAUUGUUCCAAGGAGAAUUUUAAAGUCUUAACCCGAGACUGCAAGGCCCUUCUCAAAGGUAAUACCGGUAAAUGUACAGAUCUUGCACACGUGGAUCCUCAGCUAAGAAUUACUUCAUUCUCACAGAAGUGUAGGUUUUUAUCAGCGGAGGAUUUUUUCAUUGGUUGCCCUGGCUGCCCAUCAGAGAUACCUGUCGACAGCCAAGAUGUGAAGAGGGUUCUGUCUCAUUCCAUUACAAAAUUUAAUGCAGAGAAUAAUGCAGCUUUCUAUUUCAAGAUUGACAUUGUGCACAGAGCAACAUCACAGGUGAUAGCUGGAUUCAAAUAUUCCGUUGAGUUCACGGCCAGGGAAACCACAUGUUCCAAGGAAAGUAAUAAAGAGUUGACCGAAAGUUGCGAGACCAAUAAACUUGGAAAAACUCUAAGAUGCACUGCUGAUGUUUACUAUCUGGUAGGUGAGAAGAAGAGAAUUGAAACUACUGUCAAAUGUCAAUCACCAGGAAAGAAGCAACUAAGGCCUUGCGUGUACAAGGGCCAACCUCGGGACGCAGGAGCAAUGCCAACAUUUGAGGGUGAGGCCUCUUGAGCAGUGGGCAGGAUCCGCAGGCCUGGCACAAUAGCCCCAGCAACCUGUCAGCAGUCCUGAAUGGAAGGACAAGAAGAUGGGAGAGAAUGUCAAUAGAGAAGAAUGCCAUUUUAUCAUUCUGGUUCUGGGUGAAAUAAAGUUUGAUCUGCAUGUUCUCA